GCACGCGAUUAGAUUACGGAAGAGUUCCUCGUUCGACGAACGCUUUCACUGCAUCAUUGCGAAGACGGAGACGACGGUGUUGCUCACUAUAGAUUGAUAGAUAACGGAAUAGUUGUAGUUAUAACAUUCGACGAUUCUUUUCGCGAGUUCAGAAUGAUCGUCGAUUAUUCGAGAAAUCUCUUGAGGGACGUUCAUCAAAAUAUACCAGCGCCGGAAGCUGGCCGAAGUUCCUUAGUCCAAGGCCAUUACGAGUACUGGCAUUAUGGUUGCGAUGGUUUUAACGAUAAGGGCUGGGGUUGCGGAUACAGAACGUUACAAACUAUCUGUUCGUGGAUUGUAAUUAAUCGAAAUGUGGACCGGUCUGUUCCGAGUAUCAGACAAAUACAGGAAGUGCUGGUCACGUUGGAAGACAAGGAACCAUCUUUUAUUGGCUCGAGAGAGUGGAUAGGAAGUUUCGAAGUUUGUUUUGUGCUGAAUCAUUUGUACGAGGUUCUCAGUAAAAUCGUACACGUCCGACAUGGUAGAGACUUACGGAACGAAGUGGCUGUUAUCAGGAGCCAUUUCGAGGAAUUUGGCAGCCCAAUAAUGAUGGGAGGAGAUAGAGACUGUUCUAGCAAGUGUGUGCUGGGAAUUCAUGAAAAUCCGAAAAACACCUACUUGUUAAUUCUUGAUCCACAUUUCGUCGGGCAAGCAACAGGAACAGAACAACUGGAGAAUUAUAAUUGGGUGAAAUGGCAAAAUUUGGAUGAUUUCAUCGAUAGUUCAUUCUACAAUCUGUGCUUGCCUCAGAUAAAAUUUAUAGACAGAGAGAAUAAAUAAACGUCUACAAUAACAGACCUUAAAACA